CAUUACGUUUCACGUCAACCCAAACCAACACCAAUAGAAAAUCUCUACACGCUCAGUCUUCUCUUCUGGAGAAUGCGAUCUGCACAUCACUGGUCACUCUCUCUCUUUCUCUCUCUCUCUCGAUUCGACAAAUUUUGGAUGCUCUAGGGCUUGAUAAAGCGAUUUUAGGAUGGCUUCGAUGUUGUUCAAGCUGGGUUUGUUGGUAUCUAUUUUUUGCCUUGUUCUGUCUCCGUCGCAAUCCGCGGUUUUGAGCGUAGAUCUAGGUUCAGAAUGGCUUAAAGUUGCGGUAGUGAACCUGAAACCCGGGCAGAGCCCGAUUUCAAUCACGAUCAAUGAAAUGUCGAAGCGCAAGUCGCCCGCCAUUGUCGCGUUUCAGUCCGGUGACCGUCUUCUCGGGGAAGAGGCCGCUGGACUUGUUGCCCGGUAUCCGGACAAAGUCUUUUCCCAGCUCAGGGACUUGCUUGGGAAACCAUUUAGUUACACCAAGAAGUUUAUAGAUUCAUCGUACUUGCCCUUUGAUAUUAAGGAGGAUCCGAGGGGAAUCGCAAAUUUCACAAUUGAUCAUAAUGUGGGUGAUUAUUCCGUGGAGGAGUUGUUGGCGAUGGUUUUGGGUUAUGCGGCUCAUUUAGCGGAGUUUCACGCGAAAGUUCCUGUUCAGGAUGCUGUGAUUACGGUGCCGCCGUACUUCGGCCAAGUGGAGCGAAAGGGGUUGCUUCAAGCUGCGCAGUUGGCAGGGAUUAAUGUGCUUUCAUUGAUUAAUGAGCAUUCUGGCGCGGCCUUGCAGUAUGGGAUUGACAAAGAUUUCUCAAAUGAGUCGAGACAUGUUAUUUUCUAUGAUAUGGGCUCGAGCAGUACUUAUGCAGCCCUUGUGUAUUUCUCGGCAUAUAAGACCAAGGUGUUUGGAAAAACUGUCUCAGUCAAUCAGUUUCAGGUCAAGGAUGUCAGAUGGAAUCCAGAACUUGGGGGUCAAAAUAUGGAGUUAAGAUUGGUUGAGUACUUUGCAGAUGAGUUCAACAAGCAAGUUGGGAAUGGCGUUGAUGUGAGAAAAUCUCCCAAGGCAAUGGCUAAACUGAAGAAGCAGGUCAAACGAACAAAGGAAAUUCUAAGUGCUAACACGGUGGCGCUAAUAUCGGUUGAAUCACUUUUUGAUGAUCGAGAUUUCAGGGGUACCAUAUCCCGUGAGAAGUUUGAAGAGCUCUGUGGUGAUCUUUGGGAACAAUCUCUUGUGCCUGUGAAAGAAGUUCUUAAGCAUUCUAAGCUAACAGUUGAUGAGAUAUAUGCAGUUGAGUUGAUAGGAGGUGCUACGAGAGUGCCAAAGUUGCAGGCUGAGCUUCAGGAUUUUCUUGGAAGGAAAGAGUUGGAUAAACAUCUUGAUGCGGAUGAAGCUAUUGUUCUUGGUGCAGCACUACACGCUGCAAAUUUAAGUGAUGGAAUCAAAUUGAACCGCAAGCUCGGUAUGAUUGAUGGUUCUCCCUAUGAGUUUGUAGUUGAAUUAGAUGGCCCUGAGCUUUUGAAAGAUGAAAGCACUAGACAAUUACUUGUACCGCGAAUGAAAAAAUUACCCAGCAAGAUGUUCAGAUCCAUUGUUCAUAACAAGGAUUUUGAAGUUUCACUGGCUUAUGGGAGCGAACUUCUACCACCUGGUGUAACCUCUCCUAUAUUUGCUCAGUAUGGUGUGUCUGGUUUGGCCGAUACUAGUGAGAAGUAUGCAUCACGGAAUUUGUCAUCCCCCAUCAAGGCAAAUCUGCACUUCUCUUUGAGUAGAAGUGGAAUUCUCUCCUUGGACCGGGCAGACGCUGUUAUUGAAAUAACCGAAUGGGUAGAAGUUCCUAAAGAGAAUCGGACAGUUGAGAACUCGACUACUGCUUCCCCCAACAUAUCUCUUGAAGUUGGUGCUAAGAACACUUCAGAAGAAAGCAAUGCCAAUUUGAAUGUUGAAGAUGCUGGAACUAGUAACUCAACUAAUUCUAGUGCAGAAGACCCGAAUGCCACAGAGCUUGUUACUGAAAGAAAGCUAAAAAAGAGAACCUUCAGGAUUCCAUUAAAGAUUGUCGAAAAGACAGUGGGUCCUGCAAUGUCUCUUCCAAAAGAAUCUCUUGCUGAAGCUAAACGUAAGUUAGAAGCAUUAGACAAAAAGGAUGCAGAGCGAAGAAAAACUGCAGAGUUGAAAAAUAAUUUGGAAGGAUACAUAUACGAUACUAAAGAAAAGCUUGAGACAUCUGAGGAGGUUGGGAAGAUUUCAACUGCUGAUGAACGGACAUCCUUUACUGGAAGGCUUGAUGAGGUGCAAGAAUGGCUAUAUAUGGAUGGGGAAGAUGCUUCCGCUACAGAGUUUCAGGAACGCCUAGAUUUGUUAAAAGCUAUUGGUGACCCAAUGUUCUUCAGAUUGAAAGAGCUUACUGCCCGGCCAGCAGCAGUUGAACGUGCAAGAAAUUACCUUUCUGAGCUGCAGCAGAUUGUACGCAGGUGGGAGACUGAAAAAUCUUGGCUGCCCAAAGGGAAAAUUGAUGAGGUGUUGAGUGAAGCUGACAAGUUGAAGACUUGGUUAGCCGAGAAGGAGGCCGAGCAGCAAAAGACUGCUGCAUCUAGCACUCCAGCAUUCACAUCCGAAGAAGUUUACUUGAAGGUGUUGAAUUUGCAAGACAAGGUUGCUAGCGUUAAUAGAAUUCCUAAGCCAAAGCCGAAAAUUCAGAAACCUGCUAAGAAUGAAAUGGAUAAAAGUAAGAGCAGUGAGGAAAAAGCAAAAGCUUCCAACUCAACUUCUGAAGAGAGUACGUCUCAAAGUAACGAAUCAGCUACAGAGCCUGAUGGAUCAGACAAUGAAAAUGCUGACAUGGAAACUAAGGCUCAUGACGAGUUAUAAUCUAAUUGUACUGACAUUUUCGUUUUAGAGUCAUGUGCCUCUCCAACUAGAAUAUGUGGAUCGGUAUUGUGACGACCCUUAUUUCUGGUCAUCACUACUACGUUCAAACUCUAUCCGACGCUCAUUAGCACAUUGUUCUUGCUCUUCUCGUUCGUUGGCUAAUGUUUCUUCUAAUUGUGUUACUUCUUCUAUAAAUUGGGUGAGAGUGUAGGUAGCUUCCCAUCGAGGAAAUACCAUAUUUCGCAGUUCCUCUAAUUAACCAUCUCUAAAAUAUAAAACAAGUAUUCUGAUCCUUUAAUACAAUAGUGCGAUCGGCUAUAAUCUCACUGAACAACCGUUCAGCAUAGCUUGUCACGGUGUCAUAUGAUCGCAUCUUAAAUCUAUCAACCAUAUGUAUAUACCUUUCCAUCCUCAUAAAUUCAAUCUCACCAGUCUGUGACUGGGCCUGUAUCACAAGCUAGAGCCACCCACUCACCUUCAUCUAUAUCACAGGCUAUGUGAGACUGAAUUUAUGAAGGGCGGAAAGGAAUAUACAUAAGGUUGAUAGAUUUAGGAUGUGAUCAUAUGACACCGUGACAAGCUAUGCCGAACGGUUGUUCAGUGAGAUUAUAGCCGAUCGCACUAUUAUAUUAAAGGAUCAGGAUGCUUGUUUUAUAUUUUGGAGAGGGUUAAUAGGGGAACUGCGAAAUAUGGGGGAAGCUACUUACGUUCUCACCCAAUUUAUAGAAGUAACACAGUUCGAAAAAACAUUAGCAAUGAACGAGAAGAGUAAGAACAACGUGCUAAUAAGCGUCGGAUAGAGUUUGAACGUAGUAGUGAUGACCAGAAAUAAGAGUCGUCACUGGUACGAAUAGAGAUUGUGGAUGAGAUGAUGUCUCCGCUUGGUAUAAGAAUGAAGAGUGGUUGAGGACAUUUUCACAAAAGGCUGUUUGUCAUCAUGCUCCAGAUCAUGGUUGGACUGUGUCUAGAUAUUUAAGGAAUAGCAGUUUAUACUAUGCUAUAUAGCAUGUAUCUCCGAGGGGCAACUAUUAAUUUACCAUUUUGCGGCAUCCCAAAAUUUUGGUCAUUGUUUUAUGUUCAUGAUACAGUCUGAUAGCAAUUUUUGCAAAUGAUACUAGUUUCAUUUAUUUGGAAA